GACUUGGGCUGAUAUAUAAGAAUCUGGGCUUUACUCUCAACUCAGGUAAAACAAAAUGGCAAAAAAAAAAAAAAAGCUAUUGUGUGUGUCGGUCGUUUUCCUUUCCAGAUUCCAGAAACCAUUUCUUUUUAAAGUUUUAACAGUUAAAUCUUCUCAUUAAUGGCGGAGUUAUGAAAGCGACAUUCCCUUCAUCCUUUUCAGUUUCGACUUUCGAAUUCUGUAGUAGUAGUUAAUUUGUAGUAACAGGCAGCAGCAUUGAAUUGAUCUGAAUAGAGAGGGUGACCAUCAAUUGCAGCUUUUAAUGCUUGCAACCCAUAUCAAAAAAAAUGGGGAACAAGCUUAUUGGCCGGUUCAACAAGCACAGACAUCAUCAUCCCUCCAACAAUCCCAUCACAACUCCCUACGGAUUCCCUCCUACUUAUAAACCACCACACCCGCAACAAGAAGCUCAUCAAGCUUCCAAUAAUAAUAAUAAUUCCCAAAUGGGCUUGUCUUUGCCUUACUCCCACGUUGAUUCCACCUUGCGAGCUUUGGCUGCUCGAGCUGAAGGUUUUGGCCGUUUAGCCAUCGGUGGCCUUCACGGUCCUCUCUAUCACGUCACCAACCUUUCUGGUAAACACUACUUUCUUUUUCUUUUUCUGGGUUUCAGCUUGGCGAUUCUGUUGAUUGUCAAUUGAUUAUCGUGUGUUAUGUUGAGUUUUAACUGUUUCUGUUUAUCGAUUAUUUGUUCGUCAAACUUCAAUUUUGUUCAAAGCUAUUAACACCUAGGUUAAGAAGGAAAUUCCAAGUAGCCCAAUUUGCAUGUUUUUGUGACCAACUUGUUCUAAUGUGUUCCAUAAUUAUUGUUCUUAUGUGGUGUCAUCAGUUUGGAUGGCCAGAGGUCCUCUGCUUUACUUUGAAACUAUAACCUUAGCGGUUAGCGCUGAUGAGGAGAAAAGCACCAAUAACAUUUUCACGCUUAGUUAUCACUUUUUAGUGACCUUUCAUACUAUCUUAAAAACAAGAUUUUAAUCAUCUCUAAAGGUUUUUGAUAACCUGGCUUGGAUAAUUAAGCCGAGUGAGUGGUGAAAUGCUCUUGAUUUUUCUGAUUCUGGUUUUAGAUGAUGGCCCUGGCUCGCUUCGAGAGGCAUGUCGAAAAAAAGAACCUCUGUGGAUCGUCUUUGAAGUUUCAGGCACCAUUGAGCUUAAUUCCUACUUGAAUGUGUCAUCUUAUAAAACCAUUGAUGGUCGUGGCCAAAGGAUUAAGCUUACUGGGAAGGGUUUGAGAUUGAAGGAAUCUGAGCAUGUCAUUAUCUGCAGUCUUGAGAUUUCAGGGGGCAGAGGAUCUGAUGUUGAUGCCAUUCAAAUCAAACCGAAAUCAAAACACAUUUGGAUUGAUCGUUGCAGCCUUAGUGACUUUGCUGAUGGCCUUAUAGAUAUUACCAGAGAAAGCACUGAUAUAACAAUAUCUAGGUGUCAAUUCUCAAACCAUGACAAGACUAUUCUUAUUGGGGCUGAUCCUUCCCACACCAGUGACAGAUGCAUUCGUGUUACUAUUCACCACUGCUUUUUCGAUGGAACGCGACAACGCCAUCCUCGUGUUAGAUUUGGGAAAGUGCAUUUAUACAAUAACUACACCAGAAAUUGGGGGAUCUAUGCUGUUUGUGCAAGUGUAGAAUCUCAGAUAUAUUCCCAGUGCAAUAUAUAUGAAGCUGGGGAGAAGAAGGUUGCUUUCAAAUAUCUCUCUGAGAAGGCUGCUGACAAGGCGGAGGCAAACACCGGCAGUAUCAAGUCCGACGGCGACUUAUUUGUUUCUGGAACCAAGGCAGGUUUACAGGAGCAACAACGCGGUGAAAGUGGCACAUUUCAUCCAAGGGAACACUACCAAAGCUGGACAGUAGAAGCUCCGAGUGAAGCAUUAAAACAAUGCAUCCAGCAAUGCAGUGGAUGGCAGAUGAUGGCUCGGCCAGUUGAUCAGUGAUCAGCUUUUUGCUUAUACUAUCACACAACUUUCAGAUCAGUUCACACGUAUACACAAAAUAUAAACACAGCUACCUAUCUGAUUAUAUAGACUUAUAUAGUAGAAUUUGCAUUUUCUGGUUAUUAUUGGCCUGUUCGGUUUCUUUAGUUUGAUUCGGCUAAGGUUGAUGACAUAAUAUUAAACUAGCAAUUGCAGAAAAAACACAUGUUUGUUUAGUGUGUUAUCCGAGUAAAAACUUGCGGCUUGACUUAUUGUACAAAUGAUGAAAAAUUCAUCACAUUAAGGAACCAAAUUAGUUGUGCAUCGAUGUAAUUUCACAUUUUUUUAGAAGCAAAUGGAUACAAAUAGGAGGCACAAAUUGAAAAACAUUGCGUUGCGAGACAUUUAUCUCCACGAGAAGGGGUCAAACCCACAUUAAUCAAACUGUAAUGUAAUGUAAGUAAUCCUUCCUUAUGUCACGUUUUAAAAAUACUAUAUUCGGUAUUGUGUAAAUCAUCCGAUUGAGACUAUUAAGACUCUGCGUGGUUUGAGC